CGCUGACUUCGAGUGCUCGUUUAGAUUACAACUGUGAUUUAGUUGAUCAUACAUGCUCAUCGACGGCCACAUCGUCGUCGUUGUGUGUCCCACUCGGUCUUACUCCUUCAAUUAAUCCUUCCUACGCCAUCAUUUCGACGCCCACGCCUGCGCUUUCGCCUGCCCCCACUUCGACGACGACAUUAUAACGAGCUCCACUCACCUCACACGCCCUCCUUAUCUACUCAUCAUCCAUCUCCAUCUCUUGCCUCCAUUUCCAUCUACUCUCCUCCCAUCUUACAUCGUCUUGGACCCGCAUCACUCUCCCGCCAUGGCGAACAAGAACGCCUUUAUCGGCGACGUCCCCGGGAUGUACUACGACGUCGAGCGCAAACGCUACUUUCCCCUCUCCUCGCGCCCAUCAAAAGGCGCCGAAGCCAUGGGAAUGCGCGAGCGCCCCGUCUGCGCAAAGAAGAGGAAAAACGAUGUCCCGUGGGACGUGUCCUCGAGCCGCGACGCACGGCGGCGCUUGGCGCGCGCGCUCGGUCCGCGCUCCGACGCACUCACUCGCCGCUGCACCACCGAUCGGGUGGCCAGCACCACGCUUCAUGGCAUAGCAGGGCUGUGCGACUGCCACGGGAAGAAGGUCACGAGCGUCAAGAGCUUUGGGCCAGGCGGGCUGGCCGUGACCACCGAUCGAGGGCAGGUCAUCAUCUCGUGUCCGGACGGGGACGCAUUUUCGUUUUCAGCGUGCACUGAGACGCUCCUUGGGGUACAUUGCAACGUCGCGCGAGGGACAUGGAUCUGCGUCGCCAACGGCAAUACCCCACACGUACACAGUUGGAGGAGAGAUCCGCUCAACCUCGUUCAUGUCCCUCCAGAGCAAUGGACGUUGGAUCUUCCCCAGCGUGACAUAUACACAAUGUCGUCGUUUGACAACAUUACGUCUCUCGGCCUCCCCUCCUCGAUCAACACGGUCACAACGACACACGACAAUCUCAUCCUCUCGUCGCGACGCCUCACCUCUGACCCAUGGCGAUUACAUCAGACAUCCACAGACCUGGUGUACGCGGGGUUACGCAACGGCAAUAUAAUCGUAGACGACCUGCGCACGGGGCAAAGUCGCUCAUCGGUCGUGGGCACCAUGCCACAUAAGCGUUUAGUGACGGGGUUGAGACGACUCAGUGACUCCGCAGUGCCAUACGGUCUUGUCGCCGCCGGACCAACUCAGCCGCUGCGCGAGUUUGCAGGGCACUUCAACCCCUCGAUCCCCACGAUGGGCUUUACGACGUCUCCAGAUGACACGGUCGUAUUUGCUGGCGGCUCUGACCACCGCCUAAGGGCGUGGGACAUUAUUACUGGCGAGAUGCUGCAACCGCGCAACAGUGACAGGCGAAACGCGCUCGCAUUCAAGUUCAACCAUCUGAUUGAACACAUUGACGUCUCGCCCAAUUUGACUGUGCGCACGGCGAACGCGGGCGACAUCCUUCGCUUCGAGCAUUGGGAGAGUCCUCAUGAGAUGCAGCGGUGGAGCGGCGGGGAUGACGCCCUGUAGGUUGAGUUGCAUACCUGCUUGCUCUGCCACUUGCCUGGCCCUGCCCUGCCUUGCUGGUCACCGGUCGCCCUGUCACUGUGCACCGCAUGAUGUGGGCCGAUUGGAAUCUUGCGCAUCUGUCCCUUGCACCGCAAGGGCGCGGAGCCCGUGUCGAGUUGCUCGUCUAGGCUUUGCGCCCCGCCUAUCUCGGGAGCGAGAUUGGGCCGUGCGUUAUCUGUACAUGUAGUAUUAUUGUAUAAUGAUGUAUGGGCGCAGGCCCUAGGGACGGGU